GGGGUUCGGGGUUCGGGGAUGGUUCGGAUCUUUCCUCUCCGGGACUAACGCAGCGAUCAGCGGGGAGACAUGAAGGUGACGGUUUGCUUCGGGAGGACGCGCGUCGUGGUUCCGUGCGGGGACGGGAAUAUUUCAGUCCAGAGCCUCAUCGAACAAGCCGCCAUGAGGUAUAAAAAGGCCAUUGCGAAGGAGCCCAGCUACUGGGUCCAGGUCCACCGGCUGGAACAUGGGGAUGGAGGCAUCCUGGACCUGGACGACAUGUUGUGUGACGUGGUCGACGACAAAGACAGGCUGGUGGCUGUAUAUGAAGAGCAGGAUCCCCACAACGGCGGUGAUGGCACCAGCGCCAGCUCCACAGGGACUCAGAGUCCAGACCCCUUCUCCAGUGAGAUGAGCUCGGCCUCGGCCUUCACGCCCUACCAGCCCGCCAGUGAGAUUGAGGUGACUUCGUCUGCUCUGCGAUCCAGCAUGUCUCUCAACGUCCGCCGCAGCAGCGACCCAUCGUUGGCAGGCCUUCCCGUCGGCGAGGUGUUGGUCAGUCAAGAAGAACCAUCCAGAAAGGACCCGUCUCGCUGGUCCACAACAGCCGGUCCUCAGAAGUACAACCACAGACCAAACAAGAGCUGUGGCAACAGCAGCCUCGACAGAAAGAGUAGAGGAGCCCAUGCCUACCGGAGUCUUCCUCGCGAUGCGAGUGGCUGGUCCACUCAGUUUCAGAGAGAGAUGACUCGCUCCUCGCUCAGUGCCAACCACCCAAUGGUGGACCGAUGGCUUGACAGACAGGAACAGGAAGAAGAGGCAGCGGAGCGAAGGAGAAAUGAACGGCGAAUUGAGCGGAUAGAACCAGUCGGGAGGGCCGACUCUUCACUGGACCAUUCGCCUGGGUUCAGUCUGGAAGGCAUGCUCAAGCCGGUCGAAGUGUCCAAUGAAGGAGGGCCUUUGGGGAUCCACGUAGUCCCCUUCAGUUCACAGGAUAUCAGGACACAGGGUUUGCUGGUGAAGCGCCUGGAGCCCGGGGGCAAGGUGGAGCAGGAGCGUCUCUUCCAGGAAAACGACUGCAUCGUCAAGAUUAACCAGGCGGACAUUCGCCACCUCCGCUUCGAACAAGCUCAGAACAUCUUCAGGCAGGCGAUGCGAGCCCCGGUCAUCCUGUUCCACCUGGUUCCCGCGUCCAUGAAGAGGCAGUACGAGCUGCUUUCGGCCCAGAGCGAGCUGGGUUCCCCCCAGUCGGCCCGGGUCCGGUUCAGCCAGGACACCCCGAGCUCCGGUUACCGGUCCAGCCUGGUGGAGGGGCGGACGUCCAGGUCCGGACCGCAGCCCGGCCUCCAUCACAAUCACCAGGGCCCGCCGGCAGGAAGCACCCCCAAGCCGAGUCAGCCGUAUACGGCUUCAUCCCACGCCCUGAUCUCCAGGACCUCGUCUGCCACCUCUCCCUCGCUGCAGCGCCGCAUCAGCACAAACCUGACCCACAGCUCCUACCAGAAGAACAAGGGCCGCAGAUUCAACAUCCAGCUGAAGAAAGGUCCCGAGGGUCUGGGCUUCAGCAUAACAUCCAGGGAUGUCCCUAUCGGUGGAAGCGCUCCAAUUUACAUCAAAAACAUCCUUCCUCGAGGCGCCGCCAUCCAGGACGGCCGGCUGAAGGCUGGAGAUCGGCUACUGGAGGUUAGUGGAGAGGACCUGAAUGGAAAGAGCCAGGAGGAGGUGGUGGCCCUGCUGCGAGCUGCACCCAUGGGUGGCCUGGUGAACUUGCUGGUGAUCCGCCAGGAGGACUCGCUCCUGCCCCGAGAGGUGCCGCAGGACGAUGAGCUGGUGUUGACCCAGGAUGGCGGACAGGAGUUGAUGACCUUUGAGAUCCCGCUGAACGACUCGGGCUCAGCAGGUUUGGGGGUCAGCGUCAAGGGGAACCGCUCAAAGGAGAACCAAGCUGACUUGGGCAUCUUUGUAAAAUCCAUUAUCAACGGAGGUGCUGCUAGUAAGGAUGGCCGUCUGCAUGUCAAUGACCAACUUAUUGCAGUCAACGGGGAGUCUUUGCUGGCGAUGACAAACCAGGAUGCCAUGGAAACGCUGCGUGAAUCCAUGUCGGUGGAGGGCAACAAGCGUGGAAUGAUUCAGCUCAUCGUGGCCCGGCGGCUGGCCAGUGAGGACGGCCCUGCCAGCCCUCCGCCGUUCGAUCACCUGGGUAACUCUCUCCUGGACGACCACGAGCGUCGGAUCUACCACUCCCCCUACGACACCAUCGAGGGCUCGGACAAUCUCGCCACGCCGCGAGCCAACAUGAUCUCUCGCAUUGGUCACUACCAGCUCUCCCCGACUGUGAACAUGCCGCAGGACGACAUCGUCAUGAUCGAGGACGAUGGGCCGCCCGUGCUUCCUGCCCACCUGUCCGACCGCUCGUCCUGCAGCUCCCACGACGACAUGGGCUUCGUGGGCGACGACGGCGCUCCCUGGAUUCACGAGCUGCCUUCUCAGAACGAAUGCUCCCUCAGCCCGGAUGCAGAUGGGGACAUCUCUUUCCAGAGGGAGGGUUUUGCCCGCCAGAGCAUGUCAGAGAAGCGCACCAAGCAGUACGAGAACGCAGCUCACUUGGAAAUCAUCAAAACCCGCAAGUCCAAGAGCAUGGAUCUAGGUACAUUUCCCGCAAAGCACGUCGGACCCGGCCUGGGUCUGAAAAAGUCCAGUUCCCUCGAGAGCCUGCAGACGGCCGGGGCCGAGGCCGUCCUGAACGACCAGAUCAAAGUCCGCAGACUGCGCUCGCAAAUCGUCAGGGGCCGCGGCUGCAACGAGAGCUUCCGGGCGGCGAUCGACAAAUCGUACGAGAGAUCCUCCUUCAGGGCCAAAGAGGACAACAGCACCGAGACGUUGGACGAGGACACGGAGGGGAGCUCCCGGUCGGGGCGGGAGUCCAUGUCCACCAGCGGCGACCUCAGCCUCGCCGCGGGACUGAACGGAAGUCCCGGCGUAGACGACAGGCAAAGGGACGGGAAGGAGAAGAAGGAGAAGAAAAGGGUGGAAGGGGAGAAAGACAGAGAGAAGGACAAGAACAAAGCCAAGAAGGGUGUGCUGAAGGGCCUGGGCGAGAUGUUCAGGUUUGGAAAGCACCGGAGGGACGAGCGGCCGGAAGACAGAGUGGAGAGGAAGAACUCCAGUAGAUAUAAACCCGGGGAUACGCAGGCGUCGGAGGAUGAGACCCUGCGGAUGAAGCUGGAGCAAGAAAGGAUCCAGGCCAAGACGCGGGAGCUCCGAGAGCGGCAGGCGAAGGAGAGAGAAUACGCCGAGAUCCAGGACGUGGUCAGCCGCACCUUCAGCUCGGACGAGGACCACACCUACGCCGGCAUCGGGUCGCUGGGCUCGUCUCUAGACGGGAGCAGCGUGGACGCCUACAGCCACCCCUACCACCUCCCUCAGAGUCCACAGAGCCCUCACUCCCCGCUCAACCUGUCGGGCAACGGCCCGCCCCUGGAGGCCCUGUACGCCCAGGUCAACAAGCCCCGCAACGGACGCCUGGGCGCUCCAGACAGCAGUCAGAUGGCCCCCAGCAACCACGACCGGAUACAGAGGCUGAGGCAUGAGUUCCAGCAGGCCCGGCAGGAGGACGACCUGGAGGACCACCAACAGCCGUACAGCUAUGACCCCUGGAUGAGCAAUGGGACGGAGAGCCAGAGCGGACGGCGCUCCGCCACCGUGGAGACCCAGGCCCAGAGACAGCAGCAGGAGGACGGGGACGGCUGCCCGCCAACGCAGCGCCAGUACAACUCCCUUCCACGGCAGCCUCGUAAGAACCACAGCACCGUGUCGCAGGACUCGUGGGACGCGGCGUACGCGCCGGCCGAGGGGUUCCAGACCAAGGAGAACCCCAUCUACUCCGGGGGCCAGGGCUCUCAUAAUGGCUACCGGGGAACGUCCAACUUCAACGCCCGCGCCCUCCUGGAGACCCAGGAGCUGCUGAGGCAGGAGCAGAGACGCAGGGAGCAGGAGGCCAGCAAGGCCCGGCCGCCUCCUGCGCAGGAAACGCCCAGCCCCGGCGCCUACGACCUCAGCAGAGAGCACAGUCAGGCCCUGGGUCCGGCCCUGGGCCCGGCCCUGGGUCCGGCCCUGGGCCCGGUGCAGGCCCUAGCCAAGCCCAAGGGCCCCUACCGGCAGGACGUCCCCCCGUCGCCCUCUCAGCUGGCCAAGCUCAGCCGGCACCAGAGCUCAGAGAAAGGGAGGCUGUUCUACUCCUGAGAUUGGACAGUGCUGGUCUCCGGGAGGUUAGGACUCAUUCUAACAAGCAUUUACACGGCAGAGACGCGUUUUUAAAUAGGUCUGCUGUCAGAAACUGUUAAUUUUUUUUAAUAUGAACUGUUUUUUUUAGAUGUAUCAAAAAGGAAUGACACGAGAGGUUUUGUUGUCCAGAGUCGUGGUGGUGUCUUCUCUAAAAGUGCCUUUUGAUUGUAGCUAACCCACCUGACGUGCAGCUCAGCAGACGUGAGAGCAGACGGCUGCAGGUACAGGGUCAGUGCCGCGUCGCAGGAGCCGGCGAGAGUCUGACCCGAGCGCCGUCACCUCGGGGAGCGGGACACGGCCCACACAUGUUCAGUACCACCUGGCUGCCGGCAUGGGUGUUCACACUCGUGAGAGCGCAGCUCCGUGAGAGCGCAGCCUCGUUCUCGCCGUUCAGGGGGUUUGUCAGGCGACGCAGGAUGCAUGUGAAUAGCAGCGCCGGCAGAGACCGCUGACUGGAGGUUAAGCAGCUUGCCUGAACUGUGGAGUCACAGGAAGGAUUUUGGGCAUGAAAAGCCUCCCCCCCACCUCCCUCCCCCCCACUUCAGGGAAAUGCCCCUUUCGGUUUCACAUGCAGCACUUACUCAGAGUCCGUAUCCUCCCCCCAAACCCCUCCUGUAUUCAGCAUGAUAAUCCUGAAUUCUCUCUUCCUCUCCACUGGCUGCUUUAUCUCCGCUCUUCUCUUCUCUUCUCUUCUCCUCACAUUGUCGCCCUCACUGUUCUGUUCUGCCCCCCCCACCCCUUUAUUUGUACUGGAGGGAAACAGUUUUAGGUCCUGCUCCACUCACCCAGGACCACCAGCAGAAUGAAACGGGGUCAUGUCUGGGUUAUUAAUUAAUGUGCUUCAUCAAAAAUGAAUGCCCCCCUUUGUGUGUGUUUGUUGUCAUCUGUAUAGGGGGGGGG